AAGCCCCUUCAAUCCAGUCAAGUGCUUCGCUGGCCUUAAGCCUUGGCCAUGCUGGCGUGGAUGCGUUGGUGGAAGGGGGAGGGGGAGCAGGUAGACCCUCAGCAGCAGAACUGCAAGCACAUGACGCGGGUGCUACGCAACUUUGUGGAAGCAGGCAACCUGGACAGGUUGACGAAGUUUGCCCCAGCAAAGUAUGACUGGGCCCACAGCUACAACCAGAGAGAAGCCCCUUUGCUACACGCCGCCAUUGCAGCGCCAUUCUGUCGGACAAAUCGUGAGGGCGAGAUCGGAGAUUGGAAGCCACAUGUGGCAAUACUUCAGUGGAUGUUGCGUUCUGGGGCAGAUCCGCAGCGUCCAGCGCCGUCUGAUUGUGACGGCGCAGUCCGGAUUCCGGGCUUCGAUGCCGUGAACUACAGAAACCAUUCAGCUAUCUCGUUGGCGGUUGAGCUGCUCACAAAAGUCGAAGACGACUUAGAUGACUGGGAUGUCCGGAACUGGACGUUCCGGGACUAUUUGGACGCAGUUGUGUGGUGCAUUGAGACCAACUGGACGGGCGCAAUGCGCCCAGAGCUUGGAGAGUAUGAGCCGACUCCCUCGAGCCCUUCUGACCAGAUGCAGCGAUGCCAACACAUGACACAAGCACUACGGGCCUUCAUCCAGCACGCAGACCUGGAAAGCCUGAUCAAGUUUACCCCUGCAAAGUAUGACUGGGCUUAUAGCUACCACAAGGGCCAGCUGCCUUUGCUGCACAUUGCUGUUCUGGCGCCCUUCUUAGAAACAUAUGUGAGAUCAUUUAACACGCAGCAGAAAAUCGUUUCCUGGGUUUUGAGUUUUGAUGUGGAUCCUCAGCGGCCGGCGCCUGCUGCUUGUGAAAAGCUUCAGUUCUCAACCGAAUAUGAAUAUGAUGUCAAGAUACAAGUUGAAUGCAGCGGAACCUCCGCCAUCUCGAUGGCAAUUGCUGUACUCACACAAUUCAAGGAUACAGUUCGAGCUUACCCCCACGAGAUUACCCCCAGCAUUAAGCUGGACGUGGUGCCUUAUUUGAACACAGUCUUGUCACUCAUGGCCAGGAGGCUCUCGAAGCCGUCCAUGGUUCCAGUGGACACGAGCUUGAUUUGCCGGUGGAAGCUCAUGCAAGAUAUGAGUGAAACUCAUGACGCGACGUUCGAAACAGCAGAUGGCACUGUCACGUGCCAUAGCAGCAUCCUGGGAGCUGCAUCUACCGCUUUGCGGGCCAUGAUGACUUCCAAGUUCAAGGAAUUUGCCGACAAAGGCAUUGAAGUGAAGUCUUCCAAGGCUGCCGUGGUGCUCUUCCUGGACAUUCUGUACACUGGCUCCGCUCGCCAGGAGCCGGACUACAAGACAGUCUUGGACGCUUUGAAUUUAUCUCAUUGCUGGGACGUGCAGGGUGCCGUGCAAGUCCUGUCAGAAACUAUGCGACCAGAUUAGCGUGGAGUCCUUCUCAGAGAUUUCCAAUGCUGCUGCUCUUCAAGGUUCAGAGACUCUGCAGCGGGAGUGUGCUGCCUUCGCAGCCAGGAGCUCCAACGUGGAGACGGCAUCGCUGUCCCCAGCAGCUCUGAACAUGAUGGGCUUCCUUCCUCACGGGCGUGCUUCAUGAUCAAAAUCAUUUCGGGCUCUCAAGGACAUGUGAGCAGAGCUGCCAGAACCGAAAUCCGUUUGUCGCCCUAAACUUACGUCUAUCAAAGCCAGGGGCCAACGAAUGUAAUGUGUUUUUUCCUGGGCAGUACUGGUAACUGGAUGGAAUUUCGGC